UCUUCUUCUUCUUCUUAUUCCCUCCUUAUUUUCUUCAACACUUCUAAAACCCUUUCUUUUCCCGACUCUCAUUUUCCCUCUCUCUCUCUGAGUAUUCUUGCAGAGCAACAAUGGCGGCUUCCACUUGGCUGUCGCAUUUUGCUCUUUCUGUAUCUAUCCUCUACUUUACAUGUGUUUAUGCCUCUUCGAACCUAGAUUUAGACGCUUUAAUGGCGUUCAAAGCAGCUUCUGAUGAAGGGAAUAAGCUAACCACAUGGAACUCUACUUCUAACCCAUGUGCUUGGGAUGGUGUUUCGUGCCUCAGAGACAGGGUCUCGAGGUUGGUUCUUGAGAAUCUUGAUCUUACAGGCUCUAUUGGACCUCUUACUGCUUUGACUCAGUUACGAGUUCUGAGUCUCAAGCGGAACCGUCUCUCUGGUCCCAUUCCCGAUCUCUCCAACUUCAAAGCUCUCAAACUUGUAUUUCUUUCGUACAAUGCAUUUUCCGGUAACCUCCCGGGUUCUCUUCUGUCCCUCGUCCGGCUUUACCGUCUCGAUCUCUCUCACAAUAACCUGACCGGAGAGAUACCGGCUUCUGUUAACCGUCUGACUCAUCUUCUCACUCUCCGGCUGGAAGAUAACGGGUUUUCUGGUCCCAUUUUGGAACUGAACCUUCCGAAUCUUCAGGACUUCAAUAUUUCGAAGAAUCGUCUCUCCGGCGAAAUCCCCAAAUCGUUGUCGGCAUUUCCUGAGUCUUCUUUCGGACAGAACAUGGGUUUGUGUGGAUCUCCUCUUCAGAGUUGCAAGAGCAUUGUCAGUAACCCGACGGAACCCGGAUCCGAAGGGGCAAUUGCUUCACCCAUUACACCGCCGCGGAACCUCACGGUUUCAUCUUCUCCGACUUCCCUUCCCGACGUUACAGCCGAAACAAAGCCGGAAAAUACCCACCACCAUGGCGCGGGAAAGAUAGGUUCUCUAGCUCUAAUCGCUAUAAUUCUUGGCGACGUUGUGGUGUUAGCGUUGGUCUCGCUUCUUCUAUACUGCUAUUUCUGGAAAAACUCUGCUGAUAAAGCCAGAGAAGGGAAGGGCUCGUCGAAGCUUCUUGAGAGCGAGAAGAUUGUUUACUCUUCUAGUCCAUAUCCAGCUCAGACAGGAACUGAGAGAGGCCGAAUGGUGUUCUUCGAGGGAGUCAAGAAGUUCGAGCUCGAAGAUUUGCUUCGAGCCUCUGCGGAAAUGCUUGGAAAAGGUGGGUUCGGAACUUCGUACAAGGCGAUUUUGGACGACGGCAAUGUGGUGGCGGUGAAACGGCUGAAAGAUGCGCAGGUUGGAGGGAAACGAGAGUUCGAGCAGCACAUGGAAGUACUGGGAAGGUUAAGACAUGCAAAUAUCGUAAGCUUGAGAGCUUACUAUUUUGCUAGAGAGGAGAAGUUAUUGGUAUAUGAUUACAUGCCCAAUGGCAGCUUGUUCUGGCUUCUUCAUGGAAACAGAGGCCCUGGACGAACGCCGUUGGAUUGGACAACGAGGUUGAGGAUCGCCGCUGGAGCAGCUAGAGGAUUGGCUUUUAUUCACAAUUCCUGCAAGUCCCUCAAGCUCGCACAUGGCAAUGUUAAAUCCACCAACGUUCUUUUGGACCAAUCCGGAAAUGCUCGAGUCUCUGAUUUCGGAUUGUCCCUUUUCACUCCCCCUUCCACUCCCAGAACCAACGGCUACCGUGCUCCGGAAUGCGGUGAUGACCGAAAGCUGACACAGAAAUCCGACGUGUACUCAUUUGGGGUUCUUCUCCUUGAGUUGCUGACAGGAAAGUGCCCCUCUGUCGUGGAGAACGGCGGGCCAGGAGGCGGUGGAUACGGCAGCGUGUUGGAUUUGCCACGGUGGGUUCAGUCAGUGGUGCGAGAGGAAUGGACAGCGGAGGUUUUUGAUUUGGAGCUGAUGAGAUACAAAGACAUCGAAGAGGAAAUGGUGGGGCUUCUGCAGAUUGCCUUGGCUUGCACAUCGGCUUCGCCAGAUCAACGGCCAAAGAUGAGCCACGUGGUGAAGAUGAUCGACGAGCUCCGUGGGGUAGAGGUGUCGCCGUUCCAUGACGGGUCUGACUCAGUGACGGAAUCGCCGUCGGUGUCGGAGGGAACAUGCGGCGGAGGAGGCAGUCAGUAAAAACCUUGAGAAUUGUUCCUAAAUUAUUUAUUAGGGUUAACAAAGAGUGUGUACUGUACAUUUUUAUGGCCUUUUUGUUUCAAUUUUUAGGUGUUUCAGAAUUAGAAAUGUGUUUUGUUAUAUUUUAGGAUCCAUUAAAAUGUUUGAAAAUCAGAUUUUCUCAUAUCAUAAGUUUAGAUGUUGGUGUAGAUUAUAGUUAGGAAAUAAUGGUUUAGUUUAGGUUACUUAAAAGUUUUUAUUGAUAUAUUUCUUCGGACAAGAAACUAUUUUUAUAUUAUCGUACAUAAUUAUUUUAA